ACAGGAAGCUGUACGCUCCUCGGUGCAGAGAAUCAGAUGAGGAUGGAUAAGAGAUCUCGAAGCUCUUCCAGGGAGUCCCAUAGGAGAAAGAGAGAGUCUCCAGCUACGCAGAGGAAACAGGAGAAGAGGGAGAGAAGCAAAGAAGCCAGCAAAGAAACAGGAGAUAUAAGGCAGGGGAAAACAAAGGAGAUUAAGAGCACUGUAGGGACUGAUGGUAGGGUGCACACAUCCACAGUGGUGGAUGUGGAUGAUGUGAUAUCUGAUGAAGAAAUGGAGGCAAUGAUGUUGCUGGACAGCGAGCAUCAAGAAGAAGGUAUGAAGUCUCCCGGUCUCAACAUCUGCGAGUGGCUUCUGACUAUAUUGUCUUUCCUGUUCAUCAUAAUGACUUUCCCCAUUUCUGUCUGGUUCUGCAUGAAGGUAGUGCGGGAGUAUGAGAGAGCCAUUGUUUUCCGGCUUGGGCAUCUCCUUCCUGGCAGGGCCAGAGGGCCUGGUCUUUUCUUUUUCCUUCCCUGCCUGGACACAUAUCACAAAGUGGACCUCCGCCUCAAAACUCUAGAGAUCCCCUUCCACCAGGUGGUGACUAAAGACAUGGUUACACUGGAGAUAGAUGCUGUCUGCUAUUACCGUUUGGAGAAUGCCUCUCUUCUCCUCACCACCCUCACCAGCAUCUCCAGUGCCAUCCAGCUGCUGGUGCAGACCACCACCAAGCGCCUCCUGGCACAUCGAGCCUUCUCUGAACUUCUGUUGGAGAGAAAGAGCAUCAGCCAGGAGAUAAAGGUGGCUUUGGAUGCAGUCACAGGCUGCUGGGGGAUCAAAGUGGAGAGAACAGAAAUCAACAAUGUGCAGCUGCCUGCUGAAGUCCAGCAGUCCUUGGCCGUGGAAGCAGAAGCCCAGAGGCAGGCCAAAGUGCGGGUGAUUGCUGCUGAGGGGGAGAAGGCUGCUUCUGAGUCCCUGCGGAUGGCAGCUGAGAUUCUGUCCAGUGCCCCUGCUGCUGCUCAGCUCCGUUACCUUCAUGCACUGCACUCCCUUGCUGCAGAGAAACCUGCUGCUUUCAUCUUGCCCUUACCUUUGGAUCCCACGAAUCUGGUCUCUUCGGCUACCCGCAGCCCUCCAGGAGUGAACAGCAUCAUUACAGAUACCACAGAGCUCCGAGAAAGCGUGAAAGACAAGAAGGACUCACCUAUGCUCUAAGAGUUCUCCCAGAAAUGGUUGCCAUAAGCACUAAUUAAUCCUGCUCAGAGAGGAGCAAGAUCGCUGGUCUACAGGCAGCCCGCCAGCAGGUACUAGUCUGGAGGCAGGGAAGGCAGCCCAGACCUGUAAUAUAAAAGUAGAUUGCACAUGAAA